AUGGAGCUGAAACCUCCGACUUCCACAGUCUUCCUGCACGCCCUGAGCCCGAAGAGCCAGGACAGACACCGGACAGGGACAGCGGGGCCUUGCGGCCUGCACGGACUCAAGUCCUCCUUGCUGGUCCCCUUCCACCAACCCGCGAGUUGUGCAAUCCAGGAAGUGGACAGCUGGGUGGGUGUGUUUUACCGGGUUUCUGCUUUAUCCGCCUGUGGUGCGGCCCGUGCAAGUGCAAACUUCAUGUCAGUGCAGCUGCACACAGGUUCACAGCCAGGAUUCCUGAAACCCCUGCUCCAGGCCAAGCGAGGAAGCUGUGUUGGCAGCCAGAGGCGACAGGGACCCACCGCCCCGAAACCCGAGACUACUUCCUGCAAGCCUUCGUCUCCAGAAGUGAAAAAGAAGGCCUCCCACCCAAGCGAGAGACAGGAAAAAUGGGAAGUGCCCAGUGCAUUACCAUUGUCUUGCUUUUAUGCAUCUUCACCCAGUCACGUGCCCACGGACGAAACCUGGGGCCAGAGCUGGUGGGGAGAAGCCCUGGAGCUUCAGACACAGAGAAAGUCCCGAAGAGGCCGGAGACUAAGUUCCUGCUGCUCCCGGAUGGGCGUAGCCAGGGCUGUGAGAUCGGGCCACACCUGCCCAACUCUCUGCAGGAGUGCGGCUUCAACGCGUCCCAGCCGCUGGUGCUCAUCAUCCACGGGUGGUCGAUGGAUGGCGCACUGGAGGGCUGGGUACAUCAGCUGGUGGCCGCACUGGGGACCCGGCCCGUGAACGUGGGGCUGGCGGACUGGCUGGCCUUGGCCCACCAGCACUACUCGGUGGCCGUGCGCAACAUACGCCUGGUUGGCCAGGAGGUGGCCAUGAUGCUGCGCUGGCUGGAGGAAUCCAUGCACUUUUCCCCGAGUGAUGUCCACCUGAUCGGGUACAGCCUGGGUGCCCACGUCUCAGGAUUCGCAGGCAGCUUCAUGGACAGAAGGCACAAGAUUGGGAGGAUCACAGGGCUGGACGCUGCCGGUCCCCUGUUCGAGGGGACACCCCAGAGUGAGCGCCUGUCUCCAGAUGAUGCCACUUUUGUGGACGCCAUCCACACCUUCACCCAGGCGCACAUGGGCCUGAGUGUGGGCAUCCAACAGCCCAUUGCCCACUACGACUUCUACCCCAACGGGGGCAGCUUCCAGCCCGGCUGCCACUUCCUGGAGCUCUACAAACACCUGGCACAGUAUGGUCUGAACGCCAUCCCCCGGACCAUAAAGUGUGCCCAUGAGCGGGCUGUGCACCUUUUCAUCGACUCCCUGCUGCACGAGGAUGCACAGAGCACGGGUUACCAGUGUAGCGGCAUGGAUAGCUUCAGCCAGGGCCUGUGCCUGGACUGCAGGAAAGGCCGCUGCAACACCCUGGGCUACCACGUGCGCCAGCAGCCGUGGGCCAAGAGCAAGAGCCUCUUCCUGGUGACCCGCGCCCAGGCACCCUUCCGAGUCUAUCAUUACCAGUUCAAGAUCCAGUUCCUCAACCAAAUCGAGAGCCCUGUGGAGCCAACCUUCACCCUGGCACUGCUUGGGACCAAGGAGACAGAGCAGCGGGUGCCCCUCACACUGGGCGAUCGGAUCGUUGCUAACAAGACCUACUCGGUUCUGGUUCCCCUGGAACUAGAUGUGGGCGAGCUGGUCCUGGUCAAGCUCAAGUGGGAGCAUGGCACAGGCUGGGCCGGCGUCUGGAGCUCGGUGCAGGCCAUCAUGCCGUGGGGAAGGGACCCACGCUCCGCUCACCUCGGCCUCAAGCUGGGGGCCCUCCAGGCGAAAGCCGGCGAGACACAGCAAAGAAUGACGUUCUGCUCAGGAAACAAGAAAGACCUCCUUUACCCAGCCCAGGAGAAAGUCUUCCUGAGAUGUGAAGUAAACUCUAGCAUUGAAGCCCAGGAGCAGAUGAGCUGAAUGAGCCAUGGUGUAAAGUGAAUUUAAGAAACCAAAAUUUUGUAAAGGAUCUUGCAUAAAGUUUCAAUAAAGUUUAAAGAGGGGGAUAUUUCACUACUAUAAA